UUUUCUAUUUAUAUGAAGCCGAAACGCUUGCGCUCUAAUUUUAGUAAAAGUUUAUAGGGCAAAGAAGAACAUGGACGAUUGUGAAAUUAUUGGCAUUAUAUUAGAAUUUAUAGGCGAAGUGUUGUUCGGUUGUAAGUUAAAGAUGAAUCCCAAUCCAAUAUAAUCAACAGCAUAUAACUCCGUCUUUCCAUAGCUGAGGACGACGACGGCUCGGUUGAUGAUUACGAUAAAUAAAGUUUAAUUCGAAAUUCCUGCAUUAAAAUUCCAACAAUGAUAUAUAAAUCAAAAAAAAACAUUAAUUUAAUAGCUGCACAAAUAAAAAAAAAUUAAUAUUCAAAAUACAAGCUAUAAAAACCAACGGAAAGUCCGAAAAAUAUUUAUAUAAGCUG